UCUAAACAUAGACAAUAUAUUUCGGAAGAGUCUAAACAUGGAUAUUAAUUUUAUAGUUUGAAUCAUUUUACCGUUGUAUUGUAGACAUGACACAAUUUUUGCCGUUUUUAAUAUCUAUUGAAAGAAGAAAUGACAACGGGAUAGAUGUUGAAUCAUUCGUAAACAGUGCUAGCUGUGCCAUUGCAGACAGAGCAAAAUAUAAAUUUCGGGUAGUUGGUGAAGCAAAGGUUAUUGCAAUUUUAGAGGUACAAGAUGAAUCAGUUGUAAAUGCAGUUACUUCUGAUAUUAUGAAGAUGGGUCCAUAUCCUGUGAUUUGUACACCUCUUACCCGAUUAGAAUGGUUGGCACAAUUGUAUGGCAUUCGUUCAGAGCACAUAGUACCAGCUCCAAGCAAAUUAUCUGGAAAAUUUGUCGCAUGGUUUGAAAUAUCACUGGCGAAAUAUGGUAUGACACAAGCACAAGUUGAAUUUCAAUGGACGAACUAUGCUGCUGCAAUCUUCGAACAACGCAGAAAAAAAGAAAUCGAGAUAGACAUUUUCAAAGUUCUUGGGGAAAGAAGGUUAUAUGGUUUCUCCUGUAGAGGAGCGGGUGAAGAAAACUGGGAACAUCAUCUAUCGAAACUUCCAUUGGGAGACAGAAUAUACGAGAAGAUGAAACUUGUUACAAAUAUGUAAGAAAGGCUAAAAAGUCGCAUUCUCGUCAAACUUCGCUGAACUUUUGCGUUUUUUUUAGUUUUUGAUUACAUAAUAAAGUCUGAGAUUGAUGUU